GUGAGGUCGCGUCAGUCGGGUUUCUGCGCUUGUCGGUGUUGGGUGUGCGUCUUUCUCGACUCUAGAGUUUUCGUAUCUCAAAUUGAAACUUACAGUAGAUAGUUUUAAUUUAUUUUUUAUAACGUUAAGUCUUGAACAGUGUAAGCUUUAGUUAUCAGUGUGUUAAUUAUUGUUUAGUGUGUUUUAUCUGUAAUUAAUUUAGUGUUAUAAAUAAGACGAAUCUAAAGUCAUUCCAAAGGCGUGCACCAUGGCCAAAACAGAGAAGUCUUUUCCGAGAAAUUUCACAGGGUGUCUAACAUGCGUCCAAGUGUUGAACAUCAUGGUCCUCCUGGGCUUCAUGCUCAACUACGCCCUCCGAGUGAACCUCACCAUUGCGAUUGUCGAAAUGAUCUACGACGAAAAGGACAACGUCACUGCAGUAGUCAAUGCUACACAUGAUAUGCUAAACGUCACAGAGCAUCCAGAGCACAUAGAACAAACCCGCUAUCACUGGGACACGAAACAAAAGAACCAUUUGCUCGGAUGCUUCUUCUGGGGUUACGUGCUCACAGAACUACCAGGCGGUCGACUAGCAGAAAUUGUUGGGGCUCGGCGAGUAUUUGGCUACAGUACGCUGCUCGCAAGUUUGCUCACACUCUUCACGCCGACUGCUGCCAGCUUGGGUUUCGGAUGGGCGAUAGCUGUGAGGGUAGUCCUCGGCUUCUUGCUAGGAGCAACGUGGCCCGCCAUACUCCCAAUGGCCUCCAAAUGGAUUCCUCCCAUGGACAGAUCUAAAUUCAUGUCCAACAUGAUGGGUAAGUUUUUUAAUAAUGAUAAAUUACUUUUCAUACCAAUUUACUGAAUAUUAACUUGGUAU